AUGGUAUCAAUCUUAAGAGAAAUUAAAGGAAUUAUAUCUAUUGGUUGUAAUAAAAGGAAAAAAAUUUCACUCCCAGGAUUAUUAUUUAAAUUUAUUACCAUUAAACCUUGCGACAGAAAAAUUUUUGUUGGUGCAUUGGAUAUUCUUAAGUUAUUAGUAAAACAAAAUGAAAUGUUAUUAAGUAUUAGAUUAGCUAUUCAAUGUACUCUUUGUGGAUUAAAUAAUGGUAUUGACACUACAAGUUUUUUUGAAUUUGCUGCUUCAAUAUUUGAAAAUAAUAUUUCAAAUCCAGAAGAAAAAAAAGAGGCACUAAAGUAUAUUAUAGCCUGUGGUUGUUCUAUGAAAAUUAAUGAUGAAGAAAAAUAUACCAUUUUAAUAACCGCUGUAACUAAAUACUCCCAAAUGAUUGAAGACAUUAAUUCAAGAGUUAAUAUUAUUGCUUUAUGUAGUGCCUUAUGGUCAAAAAGAGAUGGUUCAAAUUAUAAUUCAAAACAACACUGUUUACAAUGUCUUCAAAAAGCAUUAAAAGAUGCUAAUUUAUCUAAUGAAAAUAUUAAAUUAUUUAUUACAAUAUUAAAUAGAUAUAUUACUUCUUACGUUAAUGGGUAUACUGAUUUUAACAAAUAUAUUAUUCAAUUAAGAGAUUUAAUUCAAUCUAAUAUUGGUGAUAUCUCUAACAAUUCAUUAAUGCAAUACUUUAAAAAUACAUGUUAUUAUAUCAAUCAAUUAGAUAUUACCAACUAA